AUUGCUAACUGGGCAGGGAAAGGAGAAGUGGUUGGGGUCUGCUUACCAUAAAGCAUAUGGUAUGCAAAUAUUAGAGGGAAGCACUUGCUGAAAAGGAAGUAGAUUUCUCUGACACUAUUCAAAAGAGAAGGUGCAGAAGACUCAGGAGAAUGCAAGCCUGUGAGGAUGGACAGGCUGCUGCUAUGGCACUUAACAGCAGGGCCCCUCUUCCUUCUAGUAGGUUUCACAUCUGCUCUGGAAGGCCCUAAAGAGUUGGCUGGAUUUCUUGGCAGGCCACUGUCUGUGGUAUGUAGAUAUACCAAAGGCUAUGAAGACUAUGCUAAAUAUUGGUGCCAAGGAGACAGCUGGCGUUCAUGUAAGACAGUUGUUAAAACUGGUGGAACAGAGGCAGAGGCGAAGGCUGGCAGAACCUUUAUCAAGGACAAUAGAACAAGUCUUCAUUUCACAGUGACUCUAGAGAAACUCACCGAGGAAGAUGCUGGGACUUACUGGUGUGCCAUAGAAAGAACAGGAAGUGAUCCUGGAUUCCUUGUAACUAUUACUGUUCUUCCAGCACCUACUACCAUAGCUGUAACUACUACCAGUGUUCCCACAGAACCCAUUUUCCCUAUCAAAACAACAGAGAGCUCUCCAGGGUCUGGUCUCCAUGACAACUUGACAAUCCUGUUACCCACUGUGUUUCUAAUACUGGUGGCCAUCUUAACAGGAGCACUACUGCUAAUGUGGAGGCUAAAGAAGCAAAAAGCUGCCAAAACGUGUAAAGAUAUUCCGCUGCCUAUGUCUCCUAGACCUACAGAAGGGAAUACUUCAGAAACAGUUUUGAAUCCAAGAUUUAGACACCACCACAAGGCAGCUCCGUCCAAUAUCAACCAAGUCAUGAACAACCACCCAGCAGAAGUGGAAUACACAGCUGUCGCAAUAGGAGUACCAACUGCUGCUGCGUCAUCACAGGUUCACACCAAUGCAGAAAACAUUUCUUAUGCUACCUUGAGGUUUUCUAUGCCGGAUGAGCAAGCUACAUAUGCCAAUGUAUAGUAUACAUUCGAUCCAACCCUGACUGCAAGAGAGUUCUGUGAACAGAAGAAAGAGAUGGAAUCUUCUUCGGGGGACCCUUUCUUCUUUUUCCUCCUUACAGAAUGGGCCAUUGUAACACUUACCAGUGGGUUGCUACAGACACUUGUCUGCGACGAGAUACACAUUUGCAGAAGGAACCCACACAGAAUGCCACUGUCAUGAUAAACCAACUUAAAGUACAUCUCAGCUCAAACUUCUAAGCCAAUCUUUCCCAAAUCAGCAUACCUCAGGUAUAUGAGAAUACAAUUCCCAUCCUCCCCAGCCAACAUGACUGUGCUGACUGGGGGGUGAUAGGAAAUGUAACCCAGCACAUCUGGGGGAGCACCGCUCUUUGCAGGGUACCCUGAUCAAUUGUGAUGCUUCCAUAGGCCUCACAAGGUUUCUAGAACCUAAGCAGUACAGGGAUUUAUGUUCUGCAGUAAUAUUGCAUGAUCACUGUGCAGCUGGAUUAACUGGUUAGUGGGGGGGGGGGAGUCCUGUGAGUCAAAUUGCUUCUGUAAGAUCACUUUUUAUAUCGGAGUCCAUGUGGUACAGAUGUUGCCUGUGAUCUAGCUGUGUCCCUCUGUAUGUUUCUAACUGCAGUCCUUGUCUUUUUCAGAAUAGCUGCUAGGGAAAUUCUCAUGGGGGGAAGUAUUUUAAGUCAAGGAAGGCAAGUGGCUUCUGAUGGUGAGAAUAAAUCAAGAGCUACUGUUUGAAAGAAAAGGAAUAAGAAAUGCUGAGCCUGGAGGCUUUUUUUGCCACAAUGGUGAGGAGGAGAGCUUUUUAGUGUUACAUGCUUCAUUUUGGUGUCUGGGGGACUGAAGCGUUCUGCUGAGAACGUAGAAACGUGAAGGCAGGAAUGCUCAAGAAGAGACUGCAUGCAAAUAUUCAUUGUGUACCCUUGAAUUUCCUUGUUGUCAUUGGGAACACGUUUGUGUUAAGCUGUAGCUUUUUUGUGUUUGAAAAGGGUACUGAAUCUUGUGAAUGGCCUCCCAGGAAUACUUGUUGUGGCAUGGAAAAUUUUAAAAUCUGAACCAGCAAAGAGCGGUUACUCUUAAAGGACAAGGAUGUUCCUACUCCGUGAAGCUGCAGCAAAGGGAGAAGAGAAAAAUACAGGGACCACAUUCCGUUAACCCUUCCCUAGUCUUUCCCUAAUCCAUCUGCUUUGGUUGCCAUCCAGGCACAGCCGGUCUGUGAGUCCAGAGCAAGAAAGAGCAUGAAAGCGGGGCCAUUCCAUCAGUUGCAGUGCAAGAGGAACAACAUUUGGCUAUCCCUUCCUUUGAACUACUUUUCCCUUCCAGGUGGCCAUUCUAGGAACCUACUAGCUAAAAACCAGUGCCUAUGUGAGCUAGUGUUCCCUCUUCCCACCCAAUCCUUUUUUUUCUCACCAUGUCAUUUAAGUGAUAAAAGCUGAUAUUAGAUUAAGAAUUGUUUUGUUGUGGAUCUUUGUAAGUCAGUCUGGGAGACUUUUGUGAUUGAACAGCAAGGGGAAAUAUUUUAAAUAAAUC